AUGACUGCAAAUGAUAUUGUAAAUAGUGAUGAUACAAAUCAAUAUCGUUUUCAAUAUCUUGAAAAAAAAUUCGAAAGUAUUGAUGGAAAACAAAAUCGUGAUUAUUUUAUAAAAUGGUAUGUGGAAAUUGAAUUAUUAAUUGCAAGCUAUUAUUUACGUUUACUUACACAGGGGAAUGCGUGGAAAACUAAAGUCAUUUAUGUACAUAUUUGA